AUGGCGUCUCCAAACAGACCAAACGGCCGAGCCAGCUUGGCUACCAACCCCCAGCCGCAAACGUGGAACGCGCAAGCCUUACUAGCCCCUCGUUCGUAUGCGUCUUCGACCUCGGCUGCGAGACGAAAUUCCCCAAAACCACAAGCUCUAGCGACGCGAGCCGCCCCGAUGAAUCACAACGCAAACAACGCGAUGGUGUUUCAAUUCGCGAGUCCGAAUGACACGCCCAGCGAAUCUUUGACGCCCAGCAUGGCUUCGGGCGCGUCGACACCCGUCCUCGACGGCGGCGCUUCGCCCUACGGAAUGGGCAGCGUCAUUGAGCGGAUGAACCAUGUCCAAGACCGCGCCGCAGCUCCCCAACCCAAGCGCAGAAAAGUCGACACUCCCGAGUCUGACGCGGACAGCAACAAGAAGACCAUGGCAGGUGGGGGCAGCGGCAUGCUUGGUGCAUAUGUAAAGGAAAAGCAAGACGAGGGCAAAAAGGAAGGUCCACAGGCGUCCACACAGACCGUGGAUUUGACAGGAGGUGACGACGACGUUGUCAUGGUCGCGAACCCCGGUAACGAAGAGGUUUGCUACGGCAUGUUGUCCGGUCACCUCGAUUGCCAUAGGGUACCAUCCGCGAAGCCCGGAGCGCAGAGCAUCUUUGGAGCGGACUACACGGCGCCGGUCAAGAUCGUUCUGAAGAGAAUCUUGGGUGAAUCGACCAAGCGGAUCCAGGCGUACGACCAUACUCGAGAGAUUAUCGGAAACGUGGACGCGGCCACUGCUACUGCACUCGUCCCGUUGCUGGACUCUAACGUCAGUCUCAGGACCGACUGCAAGAUCCCAGGGCGUCGGAAGCAGCCUGACGAGCAACCGGGCCAGCCCAUAUCGCGAUCCUACCCUGUGGAGAUGACGCUUUACGGCCAGUACAAGUUCGCCAAAGCCAUCGGCAAGCACUUUCAGAGACACAACAUUAUCCUUCGUCACCCUAACAGAGUCGACAAGGGCAUACGGUACGAGAACGUCCAUGCCGAGGCCCCGAAGCCGGCGGCCGGAAACGCCCCUAGGUCCCUCUCGGGAGCACUUGCCCACUACAACCCCCAGACGUCCACCACGUACUACACGAACCCGACCCCGCGGACCGUGGAGGAGAUCCGCUCAGACGUCAUGGGCGUGUUUGAUUCGAUGGGUAACAGCGAUGAGCUCCCAGAGCUUGAUCCAGCCGCCAUCAUCACCACUCCGCUGCUCAAGCACCAGAAGCAGGGACUGUAUUUCAUGACAUCGAGAGAAAAGACAUCGAGUGCCGAGGAGAGAACCAAGGGUACCAUGUGGCAGUUACGCAUUGGCCCCAACGGUCAAAAGUCUUACUACAACGUCAUCACCGGUCAUGCAGAGCGACAGCUUCCCAGUGAUACCCACGGCGGUAUCCUUGCCGACAUGAUGGGCCUGGGAAAGACCCUGAGUGUCCUCUCGCUCAUCGCCAGCUCGCUUGACCAAGCCCGCGAAUGGGCCAGCCGCGCUCCGGUCCAGCCUGAGAUGCCACCGCAAAAGGCAGGAGGCAAAGCGACGGCCUCAAGCACCCUGCCGCUGACCAGCGUCACCACGAACACAAGAGCAACUCUGCUGGUCUGCCCCCUGAGCACAGUGACUAACUGGGAGGAGCAAAUCAAGCAGCACAUUGCGCCUGGCGAGCUGAGCUACUACAUUUACCACGGCUCGAACAGGACCAGGGAGGCCGAUAAGCUGGCAGACUACGACCUGGUCAUCACCACCUACGGCUCCGUGUCGAGCGAAUUGGGCGCACGCAGCAAGCGCAAGGGAGGCAAAUACCCCUUGGAAGAAAUUGGCUGGUUCCGUAUCGUGCUCGACGAGGCUCACAUGAUUCGUGAGGUGGCGACUCUCCAGUUCAAAGCCAUUGUCCGACUGCAGGCUGCACGCCGUUGGGCCGUCACCGGAACCCCCGUCCAGAACCGCCUUGAAGACUUGGCUGCGUUGCUCCAGUUUAUCAGACUCAGACCCUUUGACGAUCGGAACAAGUUCAACCGCUUCAUCGUGGACCCGUUCAAGGCGUGUGACACGGAGAUUGUGCCAAAGCUCCGCGUGCUGGUGGACAGCGUUACCCUCCGCCGGUUGAAGGACAAGAUCAACCUGCCCCCACGGAGCGACCACAUUGUCAAGCUCGACUUCACGGCGGAGGAGCGCGAGAUUUACGAUCUGUUUGAAAAGAAUGCCCAGGACCGAGUCAAGGUUCUCGCCGGAAACGGGGUGCAGCGUGCGUUGGGAGGGCACACAUACAUCCACAUUCUUCGUUCCAUCUUGCGGCUCCGGCUCCUCUGUGCCCACGGCAAGGAUCUUCUCAACGACGAAGAUCUCGAGGCUCUUCAAGGAAUGACUGCUGACAUGGCUAUUGACCUGGACAGCGACGAUGAAGACCAGAAGCCCGGGCUGUCGGACCGCAAAGCGUAUGAGAUGUUUGAGCUCAUGCAGGAAACGAACACAGAUGUCUGCAGCUCCUGCUCCAAGAAGCUGGGCACCAAUGACGACGCUAGCAUCGAGUCGGAGGGACAAGAAGACAUUCUCGGAUACAUGACGCCGUGCUUCCACAUCAUUUGCGGCUCCUGCAUUAGAGGUGUCAAGGAGCAAGCCAAGCGAUUGCUGCCAGCCGGCCAGGCCGCUGGACCCUGUCCCAUCUGCUCCACGAUCAUCAAGCCUGCUUAUGUGGAUAUUCGUCGCUCGCGAAUCAAGGUUGAGCACGAAGGACCUGCCAAGGACAAGACGACGACGAACGGUCGCAAAGGCUUCGACAAGUACACUGGGCCGCACACCAAGACGAGGGCGCUCGUCGAAGACCUCCUCAAGUCGAGAGACGAUAGCGACGCGAACCCGCAUGAGCCACCUUACAAGUCCGUCGUCUUCUCGACGUGGACGUCCCACCUUGAUCUGAUUCAGCUGGCGCUCGACAAGCUGGAAAUCAAAUACGUGCGUCUCGACGGCAGCAUGUCUCGUGUCGCCCGUACGCAGGCGAUGGACACUUUCAGGGAGGACGACUCCGUGCAUGUCAUCUUGGUCUCAAUCACAGCAGGUGGCCUCGGACUCAACCUGACGGCCGGCAACAACGUCUACGUUAUGGAGCCUCAAUACAACCCGGCGGCUGAGGCUCAGGCUAUCGACCGAGUCCAUCGUCUUGGGCAGAAGCGACCGGUCCGCACGGUGCGAUACAUUAUGCGCAACAGUUUCGAAGAGAAGAUGCUGGAGUUGCAAGAAAAGAAGAACAAGCUCGCCAGUCUCAGCAUGGACAGAAAAGACCGGGUGUUUGACAAGAGCGAGGCGGCUCGGCAACGGCUGCUGGACCUUAGAAGUCUCUUCAAAUGA